AUGUCCACCACUGGUGCAGCAGCAGGAAACGGCGAACCGAAUCAAAUGGCGCCAACUCAUUCUGGACAAGGUGACAGUGGUGGCGUGCAUGGAGAUGAAGGCAGUGCAGCGUUUGCCUCCGGCAGAAGCGAAAGCAGCACUCGUUGGGGCCGUGCGGAAGGUGGUAAUCGACGAGAUGAACGAGGCAGUGGUCGUCCUCGUCGAGGUGGCUUCGGUGUGGCUGGGCGUGGUGCUACGCGAGGUGGAAAAGAGAGUCGUCCUGACAGACAGAACAAAUUUUGGAGCGGUGGAGAUGGACGGGCCAGAAGUCGCAAUCGGCCUCCGAGACGCGGCAUUCACACAUCAUUUGGAACUCGUGCAGGGCGUGGUGGUCCUGUUCUCACUGGACGUGAAUUUCCAUCCUUUGAAGAGGGCUGGAUCGAAAAAAAGAAGCCAUACCCAUUAUACAAAGCAAGCAAUAAGUGGGAAGAUGAUGAUUGGAUUGAGAAAAAGAAGGAAAAUCCAUUUCCAUCAUUUAAAGGAAGUAAUGAAUGGGAUGAUGUAUGUUGA